GUCAUGUAUUUAUAGCUUUAAAAGAUCCUAUAUUUGAAGCAUCAUCACUUUUAUAUAGAGGUUCUGAUUAUUGUAUUAACUACUUAUCUGUUCAAAUUUCUCUUAUUGCUCUUUAUUUGUCUUUUGAUCUUAAUUAUUUAGUAGUUGUAAGAACACCACCAGGACAUUUUUGGAAAAAUCCUGUAGAAAGAGUUAUAUUAAUUUUAAGUCUUGAGUUUUAG